ACCUGCAGCCCGAAGCAUCGCGACGUUUCUUGCUGUUUGAGUGUUUUGGUGGCAGGCAGUUACUGUUAAUUCAGCAGCGGGCAGCAGCAGCUACAGUCUCUGUGGAGCAGAGCUGAGCUGAGCACUAACCCGCGGAGCCAAGUCCAAGAAAGGUGGAGACUCCUGGUCAACUUCCUGCACAAUAAUCUUGAAGCACCACCAAGAGAGAAGUAGGGAGGCUGGCCCUGCUGCUGCUGCUUCUGCUGCUCCCGCUGCUGGGGCGAAGACGAAUGGAUAUACGGCUCAUUCGACUACUUUAAAGGCAGAACAUCGACACCUUGAGGGUGAUUUACUGUACUCGGCUACCUGGCUAGUCGCUAGCUAGCAUCGGUGCUGCUGGAUAACACACUCCCAGCAUUUGGUGGCGAGGCGUUGCGAAGGGCAGGAAUGGAGGUCAUAGUGGAGUACGAGUAUGAGGCGGUCCACGAGGAUGAGCUGACCCUGCGACUUGGCGACAUCAUCAAGAAUGUGAGGUACAUCGAGGAGGACGGCUGGAUGGAGGGCGACCUCAACGGGAAACGGGGACUCUUUCCUGACAACUUUGUGAAGGAGAUAAAAAAGGAAUCUAAAGAGGUCAAGGAAACAAAGACUGAGCCAAAAGAAGAGACCCACCAGGCUCAGAGGAGAGAGAAGAGCGCCGGGAAUGUUGCCAACCUGGUUCAGAGGAUGAGCACCAUCGGCAUCCCCACUGGUGGCUUCCAGCCUCAGCCACCAGCAGCUUCAAAGAAGCCCAAGAGGAGACAGUGCAAGGCGCUGUUUGAUUAUCAGACGCAGAAUGAAGACGAACUGGAGCUGAAAACCGGAGACAUCAUAGACAUCCUCGAGGAGGUUGAAGAGGGCUGGUGGAGUGGCAGCUUUAACGGCAAGUCAGGUCUCUUCCCCUCCAACUUUGUCAAAGAGCUGGACGCCAUGGGAGAGGACGGAGACACCGUGGACACCACACCGGACGAGACAGAUGGAAGUGCAGUGGAAAGCACUGGCGCCCCCACAUCACCUCAGGCCGCCUCAGGGAACGGAGUUAUUGCUCAGCCCAAGAAGAUCCGAGGUGUCGGCUUCGGAGACAUUUUCCGCGAAGGGUCAGUCAAGCUUAGGGCCCGCCUGCCCAGCCCCGACUCAGAGGAAAAGAAGGAUAAACCAGUCCCAUCAUUACCAUCUGCUGCAAAGCCCGCCCAUCCCACCAUGACAGACUUGCAGAGAGCAGACGGAGACAGCAAAAACAAAGCUAAAGAAUACUGCAAGGUCGUGUUUGGCUUCGAGGCCACAAACGAGGACGAGCUGAGUAUGAAAGAUGGCGACGUCAUCCAAGUACUGAGCAAGGACACAGGAGAACCUGGCUGGUGGCGAGGGGAGCUGAACGGUAAACAGGGCGUCUUUCCCGACAACUUUGUGACCAUCGUUUCUGAAGCAGAGAAAGAGUCUUCGACGUCGAGAGGGUCACUGAAGUUAUCACCCAAGCAGGAGCCGGAAGAGAAACCAAAGAAGCCUCCUCCGCCGUCAAAAAGCAUAGCUCCCAAACCUGAGGUUCCCAGUGCUGACAAGAAGCCUCAUCACAUCAGGGCAGAGGACAGAGUUGACAGACCGACACCAGAUCACAAACCGCUUAAGCCUGCAGGGCCCGUGGUCCCACCCAAGAAGCCAAUCCCCCCUCCAGGGAAAAUCCGACAGGGCAGUUUCCCGCCAAAGAGGCCCGACAAGCCUCUCACUCCCUCACCGAACCUCAAACACAAUGGAGAGCUGCCUUCCAUGCGACCAAAGUCCGACUUUGAGCCAUUAUUGCCCACCAAACCCAAAACGCUGUCUGGUGACUGGGGGGAGAAGUCCUCAGAUAUGGCCGAUCUGAUGAGUUUUGAUGACUUGUCAUCUACCUCAGAGAAGCUCUUGCACCCCACUGUGAACCGACCAAAGAUGCCCGGCAGGAGGCUGCCCGCCCAGUUCGGUGGAGGAAAUUCGCCAAACAAGGAAGUAAGUGUGGAGAAAUCCUUCAAGGUGGAUGAAGAGGAUGCAGCCAAACCAAAGCUGACAGACUCCAGAAAGACACAGCCUGCAACACACAGCAUAUCCCACUCGGUAUCUUUCCACAAGCCCACCACGGCCAGCACGGACGCUGAGCCGACCCCCACAGUGGCAGCAGUCCCGAGCUCCAACAGUGUCUCCCAGAACAGCCGGGGCCGACUGGAGCCGGAGGAGCCGAGUUCCAACCUGGAUGAGCUGAGGAGCCAGAUGAAGGAUCUGCUCAUGACCGUGGAGCUGCUCAAGGCCCAGCAAACGAAAGAAAUAUUGGAGCUACGACGAGAGCUGGACGAGGAGAGGAUAAAGCGAGUGACCCUGCAGAUGGAGAUAGAAAAACUCAAGCGGGCCGUCCACUUGACGUGAAGCUCCCGCUGCAGUCCACAGCAGAGCCUCGGGGGGGUCAGCCGCCCGGGCCUGUCGACCAACCAGAGAGCAGGAGGUGCGGCGACGGGCGGCGAAGGAUGGAGAGAGGGUGGGGAAACAAAUCAUCCACCUCGAGCACGUUCUUCUUUUUUCUUCUUUUUUUUUUCUUUUUUCCACUGAUCUACAAUAAUAAACUCUCCCCCAUAUUUGUAAGAUUUACAUUUUGCACAUAUAAUUUUUUUUUUUUUUUCAAGCUAGAUGUAAUUAAGUUACAGAUGUAUAUGUUUCUUUUCUUCUUUUUUUUUUUUUCUUUGCCAACACAAGAAACCUGAGGCCUUACUUCAAACUACUACUGUGCUGGACUUGUAACUCUUCCACUCACACUCUCUCCCUUUCACUCCAGCGUUCCUCCAGGAAGAGGUUCACUCUCAGUACUACUGACUUUGUGUAAAGCAGGGGGCGCUUUUUUGUUUUUUGAUUUUUCUUUCUUCGACUCAUCUUCUUUGUCCAGCCUUUUCUAUUUUGUUUUUUUUUGGUUUCACAAUGCAGUUGAUUUUAAAAGCAUAAAGGAAAGUGCUCAAUUUCAGUUAACAACCCUUGAUCUUCACGGUCAAAUCAUUUGUCUUUGUAACAUGGUGCCUGUCAGCCGCAGUAGUCCACUCCAUAGCUUCAGAGAAAGAGAGAGAGUCUUGCUUUUUGUGUAUUAUUUCUUAUUUCUUUGUCUUUUAUACGUUUUCUAGCAUUCCUAUCCAGGGUAACACUACUGUGCCUGUUUAAAAAAGAAAAUUCUAGUACGUGUUUGUAUUGGGAGCUUACAUUUACUACGAUGGUGUCUGGAAUAUCUUAAGCAUGAUAUUGUACAUCUCUAUUUUUUAAAUCUACUGACAUGCCUAAAGUCAUAUACUAUAUAGAGGGCCUUGUCUACGCUGCUCUCUUCUAUUUUUGGGAGGGUUGCGUCUGCUCCACCCACUGGGAAACUUUUUUUUCCACAACUUAAAACCAGAAAAAUCUGCAGCUGAUGCAGAUAAAGCUCAAAGGAAAAGAGUAUAGGAGGAUGGAAUUGUGUUCUUCCAUUAAUGUGGUUUGGCGAACGACAAACCCUCUGAGCCCCUCCGCGGUCCAUUCUACCUCUUAUUCUCCUGUCAAAUCAGCAAAAUCAGAGAGGAGUCUUGUCUUUCUGCCCUGUAAUGUCUUAUGCAUGAGUCUGCACAGUUCUCCUGUCUUCAUCGUACAUGCAGCCGUCUGUACGCAACUGGAACUGGAAGCGCACACUGAGAGUGUCGGAGAUAACAUGAAAUAAACGUAUAGUUUCCUAAUUCUAACAGUUAUGAAAUCCCCCAUUUGUAUAGCAUUGUUGGUAUGCAAGCAUAUGUAUGGAAUUAUAUAUAUUAACCUUCAACACACCGAUGCCUGUCAAAUUGUAUUUUAGCCACGUUGGCAUCACAGCUGUAGGUCAGUUCUUUGCUUUAGAACGUGCCGUUAAUACACGGACGCAUGACAAAUCAACAGAAACGGUGACACAAAGUGUCUUAAAGGUCCACUGUGUAACAUUUAGGAGAGUACCCAUAAGUAUGUAUGUAUGAGUGUGUAAUCGCUUUUAAUGAAAACAGUGUUUGGAUUUCCGAGCCCUAGAAUGAGCCUUUUAUACGUACUUAACGCAAGGGAAGGACCCUUCCUUUUCAGAGGCAGCCAUUUUGCACCACUGCCUUAACACAAACAUCAGCCCUUUAGUGUUUUGAAUCUGAAUUUUACGCCGCAAAAAAAAAGAAGGUCUUUCUUUCUGGUAUGUGAAGGCCACCGUAGUUCCCUGCCGCGCUUAGCACGAUGAGAUGUCACUAAUUCUUACACACUGGAUCUUUGAAGGGCUAGUUUGUGAUUUUAGUGGGGGGUUAUAUGAGGUACUUGUACAUCAUCAGUGUGUUACACACAGCUGACUGGACUCUGUAUUCCUGUGCCCAAACACGGCCAAAUGUUUUGCCUUAAACUCACCUUUGUGACGCCGUAAUGGUGAUAGAAAAAUGUCACAUCACAUUUAUAUUGGCCCUCCUGUAAGUCUUGCUUUCACCAUGUAUUUCAAUUUGCCAGUAACCUUGGCAGCAAUCGCCCAAUUUACGGCAAGUACUGCAUCAGAGAACCACAUUAUUUUCCACUUAGAAACGUCUUUCUACCACAGUGUCAUUACAGCAUGUCUUUAUACCAAAAGGCUCUGUUAUUACAGUUUGCAUCAAUGUGUCCACUGAGGAAAAGCUGUGGUUUUACUUAGUUUACAUUUAUGGUCCACGCCACCAAAUAUAGUUCAAAUUCCGAUUUACUAUGGGACACAAAUCUAGUGAUGGAGGCAUCAGCAACACCUUUGUGUGGCCGAGGCACCGACUUUGUCCAAGUAACUUACACAACCCCACUUGUGAAUUUUCACAAGUCACUGAGCAGCUUAGUGCAUCAUUGCCACGGCGCUAACAAGUCUCUGCACUCCAGAGGUGUGAACACUCUGCUCCGUUUGUUAGACAUUAGGCCACACCCAGCAGUGAUGUCACAGUGUAGUCACAACCUUACAUCAUUCCAUUAACAUGGUACUUUUAACGGUUUAAGAAAAGAGAAUUCAGUCGAAAGUGCCACAAUAUUUCACUCUAUUACUUGAAUAAAGCUCCAGUGUGUAAUGUUUAGAGUUUAUUGGCUAUAAUAGAUGAUUUGUCACUUUAAAGUGGUCUUUGUAGCCUUAAAAUAAAAAUCCCGAUAAGGUCCUUUUCUUCUUUUUUUUUGUUCUUAAAGUUUUCCGUAAACACAGGAUUGUUUCAAGAAAUGUCUUCGUACACCCAAAAAACCACCCAUGGUGACUGCAAACACUGUAAUGUAUAUGCCAGGCCUGUCAGUGGCGCUACAAUGGAGCCAUCAACAAUGCAUGGUGUGUUCCUAAAGCUAGUGGGGUUAAAUUUUAGGUCAGGGAGGUGGGUUAUGACAUCAUCGCUCCCCCAAAUUUGCGUAUUAGAUAGAUGCAAGUAAACACAAGGGAUUUGGACACGUUUCCCAAAACAUCCCAUAACAUCACUUCCAUGUGGGCAAAGUGUUACACACUGGACCAUUAACAUGACUUUGGACUAUGUUCCCGUUUCGAUCGAAAUACAGACUUCAGGUUCAAGACAUCAGCUCGUCAACGGAAAAAAAGUGUACCUCAUCCCACAUUCCAUUCUUUUCUUUUUUUUCUACAGUAUAUCGUCUCAUCUGAGGCGCGUUCAGGGUCGUCAUGUUUGGUCCACAGAGUUUAUGUCACAUGGGCCGUAGUGGACUCGCUGUCUCUGAAUUGGCCUUAACCGCAUGAUGGUGUAUUUUGCGUUCUCUCCUCGUCAGCACAAAAUUACUGUCCCACACUCUUAAUGACUCAAACAUCUGGAUUCUGAACCACUGCUGGAAUGACGUUGGGCAAUGUUACUGUGUUACUCUGACAUGUAGCCCUCUGCUGAAGAAUAGACUGUACAUGAAAAUGGACACAAACAAAGUACAAAACAUUUUGUAGCCUUGAGAUUUUAGACUUCGCCUGCCACAAGGCACUUAUUGGACGAUACCAGCCGUCGAUCACAGCGGUGUCCGCCCUCAUGUGUCUGAUUUCCUUUAAAUCGGAAGUUGACAUAACGAUUGAGACCCAUUAACCCAUCAGAAUUCAGACUUGCAACCAGUGGAGUCGCCCCCUUGUGGCUGGAGGACUUUGUCUUUAUAUGCAGUCAAUGAUGCUUUUGAGAAACGUGUACAGCACCGUCUUGAACUCCCGUGGUCCUCAGCGCGGAGGUUCCGGACAUGUCGUUGUUUUCCACUGUUUUUGCUAUGCAACACAAAUCCUGUUUCCUGUCGAGUCACACAUGUCUUAAAGGAGCAUCACUUUGAAUCCUCCUCAUGUCCAAACUCUGUGUGUGUUUGAUUCUCUUUGCUGGUGUCUGAUCACAAACAUAAAGUGAGUCCUGGACUCCAGUCUGUUUUUUUUGUUUUUGACUAAGUCGAUACUGUAUAUCUGACCUGACGACGCUCGCGCGCCCUGUGUAAAAAAUAAAUGUUCUAACUCUGGGUAAAUACAUAAUUACGUUGUGGUAUAGAUGAACUUUGGGACAAGGGGCCUUGUGUAUUAUCUGUAAUGCAGCUUCACUUCCACAUGAUAUUGUACAUUCCACAAUUUGACAGACAAAAAAAAACCUAAAUCUGUGCACAUUUAUAACAUAUUUUCCAAGUGAUUUUUGUUUACAUGAGCUGUAUCCUUGCAUGAGCUGAGAUUCUUUCCAAAAAAAAAGAAUAAAUAUCAUCUUUAUUUACUGUCA